AUGUCGGUCAGCUCGUGGUCUCAUCCCAGAGCCGUCGCCACGUUCCUACUCGUUGUUGUGUGGUUGAUUCUGUCCAAAGGCUCGUCCGCUUCUGCCGCGACUCUGGAACAUAAUGGACACCACGCAAUACUACUUCGUCAGCCGUAUCAUACAGAGAGGGCGGAACACAUUCGUCUUCCAAUGAGUGUGCAAGGUGAACUGACCGAGGAUAAGGUUGAGACAUUGGAAGAAAUAAGCAGGCAGAUUGCGCGUGAAGUACACAUGCAGCAAGAGAGUCGAAAGAGACUCGGCACAGGAAAGAAGACCGGCCAGAUGCAGUCUCCCUCCGCGUCAGCUCCACAGCAUUCCCUGCAGCUGGGGCCACAGAAGAAAGGGGUAGAAGUGGGGGCGACGGUGCAGGACAAAGACGCUUCACUAGAUUCAGGGGUGAAUGCCGGAGAAACGAAGUCUCUUGAGAGGCGGUGGAAACAAGGAAAGGAUGAACGCAUUAUCGGAUGGGGAGGAGAAAUCAAACACGAUGGCGGACUGGGGACACAUUUGGGUCGACACGAAGGAGCCCUUGUGGCAGAAGAGGUAGGAGCAAAGAACGACGGAGUUAACGUAAAUACUCAGAGUGAGAUGGGAGAGAUCAGCACGUCUGAGGGCGGUGGCCGCCAACAAGAAAAUGAGAUGGACGCAGCCACGGCUAAAUACGCUGCUGAAGAGCUGUCCCCAUUGGGGGCGCGCUUGAUCAUCGGCCUCACCGAAAUCACGUUUCCCGAGAAGAAGCACUCCAAGGUGCACGCGCCGCUAGACGAGAGGCACGGACACAGAAAACGCGGCCGUAAAGACAGGAAGUCUUCCAGGCCAUCGUCACAGGCCAGUGAAGAAGGUACCGUCCUCACUGGCUUUGCGAGCAGCUCUGGGUCUGAGUCCACGCCUAUUCGAGCUGCCGACAGCAGUGAGGAAGAAAUGGAGCGGCAAAGCUACGAUCGCCAUGACGGAAGAAAUAAAGAUGAGGACGAAGGCAGGCUUGGCUUCGACGCGUACGACGUUCUCAACCACACCGAGGCUGUGCAGGAAGCCGAGGCGCGCCUUCAGAGCGAGAGACUGAAAGAACUGGGGAUCGUCAAGGAAAUGAAGGUUCUCGAAAAUGUCGGUUUGGUCGUCCUGGAGCUGAACGACGACUUGUCCGAAGACGCAAUUCGCGAGACUAUCAAAACCCUGUGGCAAAGAAAUCCUUCGACGUGGCUGAUCGAGUCCGACACUGAGGUCAACUUCCGUGGGCGGGACGAAUUCGCGAGCGGGGACGUCAUCGUGGUCGCGGACGUUGACGACGAUUCCACCAGCAAGUUCCUAGAAAAAACCCCGAACCACGAGUAUCGCCACGAGGAGAGCGGGGGGCAAACGGAACCUGACGCCGACAUCGACGGAGGAAAUGAAGGUGAGGAGAGCCAGGAGGGAGGGGUUCACACCUCAAGCGGGGAAGCCGGAAUUGAAACGAAGCGCAAAGACAUCGGGCUUGCUCUGGAACAGGCCGCUGAAGGGGUGGAGGCGGAAGACGAGACGAGAGAGUCAACGAACACGCACCUCGCCAACUCGAGUCUGGGGUUCGAGGAUGAAGGGAAGGUGAAUAAGGGAAAAACGGCACUCUCGCCAUGUACGGAGGCCGGAGCUGCUCUGCAGCAGCCCCUGACUGUAUCAGCAGGAAACUCAAAAAAAAGACUUGCGACUUCAAGCGUCGGAGCGGAAACACGAAGGAACAGAGCCGAUAAGCACCAGUCUCACGCAGCCGCAGAAAGGCCCGAAAAAGACAAAAGCCCCAGGAUUGCGUCUGCUGAGUCCACCCCACCUUCCGCUGCGUCUGCCUCAUCCUCUGGUCACCGCUCACGCCAGCCAGGGGCUAGAGUGCGAGUCCAACGAGGCCGGCAAGGCGAGGACGACGCCCAGCCUACUUUUUACCAACCCGCUGCCCACCGUGCAGGGUUGCUGAAACCCUCUACUGGCAUUGUUCCUCUCAGUCUCUACGAGGCCGUCGACUCUGCUGUGCGCGAGUCAGUCGAGAACCAAUUCUCUUCUGCGAGCCACUUCUUCCGCUCCGACGCCAUAUGCACUCCCGUGCGCUCUGCGGCAGCUUCCGAGCACUCUCACAACGGUGUUCCGCCUCAGCAACGCUCCCCGACCAUCACAGCGACCAGCAUCUCCUCUCCUACUUCGACGGAAAGCCAGACCGCCAAGCAUGGUUUUUCAUCGCAAGGUGCACCUGUGCAUCCCCUUCCGCAAGGAGCUUCGGGGUUCAUAAAGAACCGCGCGAGUCCAACGCCGCGGCUCUCGGGAGCUGGCCGGCAUCACGGGAAAAUGCCAAAUGACAGUUUGCUUUCCAGGCAGUGGGCAUACCACGAACCAAGAGUGAACGUCCGCGCAAUUGAAGCCUGGAACACUGUGUACGCACACCGUCUAUCUCGCGAAGUGCAUCCGAGGAACGAAUCUUUUAAUCAGUCGGCUGCACGUCAGCGGCUGCUCGAGGGGCAGGAGAAAGAGUCAGAGGAGGAAUCAACGGCGGACGACACACAGGGAGACAUCAGACGCGGGACGGACGACAACCCUGAGGAAGGAGCAGCAGAUGAGAACAAACCGAAUGGAAAGCGAAAAACCAUCAAGAAAGAGCCCCUCAUUGUUGCUGUGAUUGACACAGGCGUCGACUACAACCAUGAAGAUCUCCGGACGCAAAUGUGGCAAAACACAAAGGAGAUUCCCAACAACGGCAUCGAUGAUGACGGAAAUGGGUACGUCGAUGACGUUCGCGGCUACGACUUUGAGGGGAAGAACAACGACCCCAUGGACCUCAACGGACACGGGACGCACGUCGCGGGUAUCAUUGCGGCAGCUGCCAACAAUCGGCGAGGCAUCGCAGGGGUGAACUGGGAAGUGAAGGUGAUGCCGCUCAAGUUUAUUUCCCGCAGCAGCGCAGCGGCGGAAGCGAUCGACUAUUCGCUGCGGAUGGGUGCGAAGAUCAGCACAAACAGCUGGGGAUACACGACCCCAUCGGAGGGUCUUCGCCUCGCGGUCGAGCGCACCGCCCAGAAGGGUCAGCUCUUCGUCGCCGCCGUUGACAACGCCGGGAAAGACAACACAGUAGAAAACGACUUUCCUCCGAACUGGGGCUACGACAGGAGAACGGGUGCGGGGAUCAAGAGUCUUUUGCGCGUGGCGAAUUUGUCGCCUGGCGGCAUUGUCGCCUCGUCCUCCAACUGGGGGCCCUACAACGUCGAUGUCGCAGCCCCCGGCACAGACAUCAUCAGCACGAUUCCAACCGGGAAGUUCCCAGAGGGAUACGGAUACAAAACAGGGACUUCCAUGGCGACACCCCUGGUUGCCGGCGUGGCUGCAAUGGUUUGGAGCGCGCAGCCCAGCAUGACGGCGGCAGACGUGCGCGAAAUCAUCAUGCGAACGUCGACGAAAAUGCGGUCGCUAGAGGGUCGAAUUGCCUCCGCCGGCAUCGUGAAUGCGUACGCCGCCGUCCUCGACGCGUUUGGCGAGCCUUUGCCUGCGUCGGCGCUGGAGGAAGACUUGACGCCGCCACCCAGUCCCGCCGAGACGGUGCUCUCGUUUUUGGGUGGCGCCCCCGUCGGCGCCGUCGCUCCGCCGGCCGUGGAGCUGUCUGCCCCGAGCGCGUCUUCGUUUCCAGCGGCGCUUCCUCCAUCCUCGCUCGUCCCGCUGGUUGGAGGCGGAAGCUCCCCCUCUGCGCUGCCUGCCCUGGAGACGCUGGUGAGCAGCAUGACGCAGCUGCUCACGCCCUUCAACAGACUCUUCCUCUCGUUCUGA